GAUUUCACUUGACAGUGCGCUACCUGUUAGCCACACCCGCACAACCAGAAGCCUGGCUCUGAGAGUCAAACCGACUUUGGGGCUUCGAGCAAGAUUGAGCACGGAAAGCCUUUCCUUUGUUGUUUCAAAUUGUCUCAAGAUCUGAUUAAGUGAGGGCCUCACUUCAACUUUUCCACCCGGGGCACAGAUCAUCAAUCAUUCGAAGGCGCCAUCCAUCGACAUGUCGGGUGAUAAUGAUGAAGCGUCAAAUGAUUUCCUGCACCGAAUGGAAUCCAUGUUAAGAAACUCGGCUGCGGGCUUGAACACUGUUGCAAAUCCUCCAUCUGGAUCCGGAAAUGAUGGCAAGGACGCUUUUGCUCUUUUUGCAGCAGCAGUGGAAUCGCAAACACCGAUUGCUCAUAGGCAGCGGAGUGAACCUGCAGAAGUACUUGACACUGGUUCGGAACUAGGCUCUUCUGAUAUGGAAUGUAAUUCCUCCUCGGAAGAGGAUGGUGGGACUAGUGAGAUCGAACUUGCCACACACCAGAUUGAAGAAGAAAAGAAGACCGAUACUUUGCUUCAGGCUGGCGAAGCUAGUCCAGCCAGAUUGGCUGAAACAACAUCUGCGAUGGAGGGAAAGAAGGCGCUCAAGAGAAAGAGGGAGUUAGCAGGGCUGAUGAGAUUCACUGGUGACAUACUACACACCAUACCCUCCGCCUCAAUUCUGCCGAUCGCCACGAGUGUCACAUGGCUACAACCACCCGAACUUCUCUGCUGUUACAACUGGCAACAGACUAAUGAUGGCACCAAUGCUAUCUUCGUUCCUGGGGCUCCGCCACUGUGGACAUCGCCGUCGCUACCCUAUACGGUCCCGAACGACAAUGGCUAUCAUUUCGUGGACCACAACCACGCACGCCAGCCGAAAUAUCCUUACGCUCCCAUGUUUUGUGCACUAAGUAGCAUGAAUCCAAAUGUCAAAUUCGAUGAUUUGGAUAUCUUAGCGGAUCGAAACAAUUUUCGGACCCUGCUGGAAUAUGUGCAGGGAAAGUCGACAGGACCAUUCCGAAUAGAUCUGCAUAAGAUCAAUAACACCCUGAUCCUUGUCAAGAAAGCGGACAGAUUUUGGCGAAAGGCGAACGGAAUCAGUCACGGUUAUAACUUUGAAAGCCACUUCACUCAACCUGAAAAGGGGCUAGAAGAUGCGACAAGCCAUUAUCGAGUUAUUCGAUAUGAGAUGGGACCCUUGAGAGUAGCAGUCCGUUUCGAAGCCGAUGCGUGUUAUCAAGAGACUGAGCCCAGGGAAGUUGUACCAACCACUCUCGAGACUGUUGGCAAACCCGAUCUGACAGAGAGGCCCCGUUUCAACUUCACAGCCCCUAUCAGGGUAAUUCGAAGAGGUCGACUUGUUCCAUGUGCUAACAUCGCUGAAAUCAAAUCGCAAUCUAUCAAAUACGAUGCUGAGGGGCGCACAAAAUCCGUCGGUACCUACCCAUGCAUGGAUCAACUUUGGUUCGGCCGGACGACGCAUCUUUUCACGGGGCGCUACCAGUCAGAGACAGGCGUCUUCAGCCGCGUUAACUACAAAGAGGCCCGAUCAAAUAUCGCUGAUUGGGAAGAGAAAUCACAGGAUGGCUUGCGAAAGCUUGUUAGCCUUCUCGUACAGUUGAAAGGCAUCGUGGAAGGCGAAGACUUUCCCGAAGGCGCCGCUGUUGUAUUGCGGGAGACCAAGACGGGACCACUAACAGUAAGAGUAAUGGACGAAGUGCGACUAAAAGUGCAUCCCCAUUUCGUCCAAAAGUAUUGGAAGCAACCAUUACCAGACAACCGGCAUCAGCGUCGUGCUGCAAAUGCUCGGGGAGGAUAUCAAAGAGGCAACGCGCACCAACGUGGUUCUGUGUCACCGCACAACUUUCAUCCACGCGGCGCCUUCCAACACCGAGGCGACUAUGCGGCUCGAAGACAAAGCACUCCAGAACAAGGAGCAGGAAACAAUGUCCAGACACUGAACCCUCAGGAUGGGUCACCGAAUGCGUACCGGGGUGGUGCGCGUGGUGGAGGUCACAGGAGAGGAAGGGGGCGUGCACAGUAGGUCUUGCUAUCAGGAUCAAAACAAUGUCACGACUACUUUUGUAUUAUCAAUGAUAUGUUCGCCAAAGGGUUGGCGUUUUAGUUUAAGUCACUUCCGUUCAAUUGUAUAAAACCUUUUGUAUUACUCUGUUUAUACUAUAACACAUGGAUUCAUAGCAUCAAAAGUGCCGAACGGCGAUGACUAUGAGGAAUAGUCGUCUAGAUAAUUGGCGAAGAGCCGGGGCUUACAAUCUGUACCCAGCCGCUACGAUGAGGGAUGCAUGUGUGCCUUGGACCUUGGAAUGAAAGAUACGAUCGCGGUCUUCUAAA